UAAUCAUCAUAUAAUCAGACGCUAGAUAGACACAGUAUGUAUACACGUGCCUUGGUUUUCUAUUUUCCAAGCUUGUUGAACAGAGACACACACACAGAGCACACACACUGUUUGAUUGAUCCCGUUUGUCACGAGGAUGAAUGCUCUAGCCGCUACCAGCCGUAAUUUCCGACGAGCCGCUCGGCUUCUCAACCUCGACUCGAAACUCGAGAAGAGUCUUCUGAUCCCCUUCAGAGAGAUCAAGGUUGAAUGCACAAUCCCAAAAGAUGAUGGAACCUUGGUGUCUUAUGUUGGUUUUAGGGUCCAGCAUGAUAAUUCCCGUGGGCCCAUGAAAGGAGGAAUCAGAUAUCAUCCUGAGGUCGAUCCUGACGAAGUGAAUGCCCUGGCUCAAUUGAUGACAUGGAAAACUGCUGUAGCAGACAUUCCUUAUGGUGGAGCAAAAGGUGGGAUUGGAUGCAAUCCUAAGGAUCUAAGUAAGAGUGAGCUGGAACGUCUUACUCGUGUUUUCACUCAAAAAAUUCAUGAUCUGAUUGGUGUUCAAACUGAUGUUCCUGCCCCAGAUAUGGGCACCAAUGCUCAGACCAUGGCAUGGAUUUUGGACGAGUACUCAAAAUUUCAUGGGCAUUCGCCAGCUAUCGUGACAGGGAAACCAAUAGAUCUCGGCGGUUCAUUAGGUAGGGAAGCAGCUACUGGACGUGGUGUUGUUUAUGCAACGAAAGCGUUGUUGGAGGAACAUGGAAAGUCAGUUAAAGAUCUUACCUUUGCCAUUCAGGGUUUUGGAAACGUGGGAUCCUGGGCAGGAAGACUCCUUCACGAACAAGGUGGAAAGGUUGUUGCAGUAAGUGACAUUACUGGAGCAGUCAAAAACUCAAAUGGCCUUGAUAUACCAUCUUUGCUUAAGCAUAAAGAAGACACGGGCAGCUUGAAGAAUUUUAGCGGUGGAGAUGAUAUGCCUGCAGAGCACUUGCUUGGGCAGGAGUGUGAUGUUCUUAUACCAUGUGCGCUAGGUGGUGUCUUGAACAGAGAAAAUGCUCAAGAUGUGAGGGCGAAAUAUAUAAUUGAAGCAGCAAAUCAUCCUACUGAUCCCGAUGCUGAUGAGAUUCUUUCUAAAAAUGGAGUUAUAGUUCUUCCAGAUAUCUAUGCAAAUUCUGGGGGCGUGACUGUCAGUUAUUUUGAGUGGGUUCAGAACAUACAAGGUUUCAUGUGGGAUGAAGAAAAGGUGAAUAGGGAACUCAAGAAGUACAUGACAAGAGCUUUUCUUAAUAUUAAGAACAUGUGCCAGACACAUAACUGUGACCUUCGUAUGGGUGCAUUCACACUUGGCGUGAACAGGGUUGCUCGUGCUACCAUGUUAAGGGGUUGGGAAGCAUAAUUGUGUCAUGUCAUGGUUUUUCCUGUAUUUUACGUGCUUAUUAUGGAGGUUUAAAAUUACUGAUGUAUCCAGCGGGUAUACAAUUAAUAGAUAAGACUUGUUUAAAAUCGCAUAAAAAGUUGAGUUACUUAUACGUUCUUGUUUGAGUUCUAGUCGUUUUUUGUUUCA